GACAGCGCGCGCCCGGGCGGCCCCACGACCAUGGACGUGCUCAUGGCGUGGAUCAUCAAGCCGGAGAACGCCAAGCGCUGGCGCUCCGAGUCGCGCGCGCCGCUGAUCCGCGAGAUGCUGGCCGUCAUGCACGGCGAAGGGCUGGUGCACCGCAACCCGCAGUUCGUGCGCGCCAAGCUGACGACCCUCGAGAAGAAGUUCGUGGCGGCCAAGGACUGGCUGCAGGAGGCGGGCGUGCACGACGCCUACAUGCGCGACAAGGCCACGCCCGAGGUGCGCGCGCACGUGGAGCGCAUGUGCCCGCUGUUCCGCAAGCUGGACCCGGCCUUCCACGGCGCCAGGAAGAACGCAGAGACCGUCGAGCGGGAGGACAACGACAGCACGGAGGACGCCGAGAGCGCGGAGGAGGAGAGGAAGAAGGAGAGGAAGAAGCAGCGCCUUGACGUGUACGAGCUUGAGCGCUCUAAAUUGCAGUGCGAGGUGGAAGCCAAACAGGUCCAGCUGCUGCUAGAGAAGGCUGCUGCGCGCAAGAAACUUGAUCAGCUUGGAGUACCCAAGGAAGAGAUCGACCGCCUUCUGCCACUG